UAAUAAUUAUGUGCUGUUAUUAGUUUCCUUCGCUCUCGGUGUCUAUUGCAGUUUGCUGAACUAACAACCCAUCUUUGUUUUUCUUUCUUCUCCAUUUUCCCACACACUUUCUUCCCCAGUUUUCCCAAGAAACUCCAACCGACCACUCCAAAUAAACCUCGCUUUUCCAUUUUUAACCCGCCUUAUUCCGAUUCGCCAUCGGUCUCUUUCAAUGCGCGCGAACUGAGCUAUUAAGGCCGAACAACCACAGUUAGCAUGGAGAACGGCGUCGUUGGGGACGGAGUUUGCUCUUCCGAUUCUGUUGAUGGAGGUCGCGAUGUCUGGAGCGGUAACGACUCUGAUUCUGCUUCUGCUGAUCAUCUCGUCGUCAUGGUUAAUGGAAUUUUGGGAAGUGCCAAAGAUUGGAAAUUUGCAGCAGACCAAUUUGUUAAAAUGCUCCCUGAUAAAGUGUUCGUUCAUUGUAGUGAAAAAAAUGUCUCAACCCUGACUCUAGAUGGUGUUGAUGUGAUGGGUGCACGCUUGGCAGAAGAGGUCCUUGAAGUGAUUCAAAGGAAGCCAAACUUCAAAAAAAUUUCAUUUGUUGGACAUUCAGUGGGAGGACUGGUGGCAAGAUAUGCAAUUGGGAAACUAUAUAAACCCCCAGAAAUAAGAAAUUUGGAAGAGGACCCCUCCACUAAUGGAUGUGACAAGGAUUUGGUUGGUACUAUUGGUGGCUUGGAGGCCAUGAAUUUUAUUACUUUUGCUACACCACAUCUUGGUUCUAGGGGUAAUAACCAGGUGCCCUUUCUAUUUGGUUUAACUGCCCUUGAAAAAACGGCAAGUUGUGUUAUUCAUUUGAUAUUUAGGCGAACAGGGCGACACCUUUUCCUUACCGAUACUGAUGAAGGAAAGGCCCCUUUGCUUGAACGCAUGAUAGAAGAUCAUGAUGAUUGUAAUUUUAUGUUGGCGCUGCGGGUAUUUAAACGUCGGGUGGCAUAUUCAAAUGUGGGCUAUGACCAUAUUGUGGGCUGGAGAACUUCAUCAAUAAGGCGUAAUGUUGAUCUGCCGAAGUGGGAGGACGUUAGUAAUGAGAAGUAUCCACAUAUUGUGUAUGAAGAACACUGCAAGGCGUUCGAUGAGCAGUCUGAAACCAACUCAGCUGAGGACAAUAGCUUGGACAAAAUCGAAGAGGAACUGGUGACAGGUCUAUCUCGAGUGUCAUGGGAAAAGGUGGAUGUUAGCUUCCACAGCAGCAAAGUAAGAUUUGCUGCUCAUAGUAUCAUUCAGGUAAAAGAUGAAAGCGCACAUAUAGAAGGUGCAGAUGUUAUACGCCAUAUGAUCGAUCAUUUUCUCACGUAGAAGCCAACAAUUGCUUGGAACAUUUUGGCUUUUGCAUAUGCAGGUAAGUACAAUCAAUUCUGUCAAAGACACGUCAAGGCAAGCUACACGAAAACUGUGAUCAAGCAUAAUAUAUUUGUUUAUUCAUUACCCUAUAUGACACUUCUACUCGAGAAUAGUAUAUCAUAUAUUUGUUUUUUAAUAGAAAAAAAAAGUAUUAAUUCAAAGAAAGUUGCUUUACAAAUA